UGCUAUUACACCUUGCUAUUACAACUUGUAGACGUGAAUAGGAAGUGAGCACGAUCAUUUUUGGGUGGAGUUCAGAACUACAUUUCAACACAGCGAUGGAUCCAUCCUACAACAUAACGGAUCCUUGUCCGAAUAACCUACAGGGAGUUCCCGCACAACUUUUCCUCACCCUUUUAAAUUCCCUCAUGGCAGCAAAGUGUUCGCUAGGAUCAUCACAGCUUUACCCAGAUGAUUAUGCACCCAAACUCAUGGACGGAGACGAGUUCGACUUCAUCGUGAUAGGAGCUGGAUCAGCAGGAUCUAUGGUGGCAAAUAAGUUGAGCGAAAACAAAAAUUGGAAGGUGUUGGUCUUGGAAGCUGGAGAACAUCCUUCGGCCACUAGCGAUAUUCCCAGCCUGACGUUUAGUCUGCAAGGUACUGCUGAAGACUGGCAGUACAAAACAGAAUUUUCCGAAAAAUCAUGCCUUGGUAUAGAAGACAGCAUAUGCAAAUGGCCCCGAGGAAAGGCCUUGGGCGGCUGCAGUUCUGUGAACUAUAUGUUAUAUGUCAGAGGAAAUAAAAGAGACUACGACGAAUGGGCUGAGAGCGGAAAUGUGGGUUGGGACUGGGAGAGCGUUUUUCCGCACUUCAAAGAAUUUGAAAGGUUAGAAUCUGAGGUUUUCAGUGGAUUAUAUGGUACAAACGGAUCCUUGCCGAUAACUAGAUAUGAAUCAGGUAUACCAGUUGCACAAACAAUAAAAGAAGCUGGACGAGUAUUGGGCUACCCCAGCCUUGAUGAAGAAAACCCGGUAAAACCUUUGGGUUUCUUGAACAUAUUGAACAACAUAGAAAAUGGGACGAGAUUCAAUGCGGCAAAAGCUUUUCUAGGAUCCGUUAAAGAUAGAGAAAACUUAUCAGUGGCACGACAAUCUUUCGUAAAGAAAAUUAUCAUCGACGAAAAGUCAGGAACAGCAAAAGGAAUUGAAGUUGCAAUAGGAAAUCGUACGUUGAAACUGUACGCGAAGAACGAAAUCAUAUUAUCCGCAGGUGCAAUAAACUCACCGCAACUCCUCAUGAUUUCGGGGAUAGGACCGAAAAAACACCUUGGAGAGCUAGGCAUCAACGUUAUUAAAGACUUACCAGUGGGACAGAACCUGCAGGAUCAUUUGAUAUUUAUGGGAUUCCUCGUGAAAACGAACUCCAACGCGGUCAAGCCACAGAACCCUCAAGAUGCAACCGACGAUAUUUACAAAUAUAUGAUGUACAGAAGUGGAGAAAUGUCCAGAAUGGGUAUCACCAACUUGAUGGGAUUUGUCAAUACAAAAAACGAUUCAAUAUACCCCAAUAUCCAGUUUCACCACUUGCUAUUUCGACCAGGAGAUACAUAUAUUUUACGAACAAUUUAUACAGCUAUGGGUUUCAAUGAAAAUGUUACUAACAGAAUGUUCGAAUAUACUGAAAAAAACCCAGUACUUCAACCUAUUCCCACUCUUCUCAGGCCAAUAUCCAAGGGCGAAAUAUUGUUAAGGUCCGACAGUCCUUUUAAGACGCCCAUCAUUCGAACAGGAUACUUCACCGAUGAGAAAGAUGAGGAUAUGAAUGAGCUCUUAACUGGAAUAAGUUAUGUGGUGAAUAGCAGGCUGAUGGUGCAUGGAUUGAAAAAUUUAAGGGUGGUAGACGCCAGUAUAAUGCCGAAUAUAGUCAGCGGGAAUACCAAUGCUGCGUCCAUGAUGAUCGGACAUAAGGGAGGUGUUAUGAUUGUUGAGGACUGGAAGUAGAAACUUUUUGAAAUGUGUUGUUGAAAACAAAAAUCAAUAGUUGUAGAUCCAAACUGAAGAAUUACAUUUCAUAAACUAGUAGGCAAUAUUAUUUAAUUAUGCUAGUAGCAAUUGUUUUUGCAAAUUUGUUGGGAGAACAUAUGGAAGUAAAUAUCUAAAUAUGCAA